AGGCGACAUCUGAGGCAUAAAGUGGCCGCAGCCUGUCUCGAUUCUGGACCCGAGGGUGGGCUGCAGCCUCCCGACGGUGGUAGAGAUGGACUACCCACCGAGACCACUUGUCAUGGCGACACUCCGAGAAAUUGGUCCUUCUCGGCCGACAUGUUAGGGGCAGGUCGAGGCCUGGUUACUUUAGUUGAUUAA